CGACGCUCGCCGCCGGAAGUGUCGUGUUCACCGAAACACUCAUCAGCAUUCCGCUUCCAAGUGUUCAGAAUCAAACUAGUGUUUCAAACGCAAAUUAAACCCAGGAGAAUCAGAAGAUAUGGCGCAUUUAACCACAAACCCUGCGGACAAAGAGCGGUUUGUGUGUGUCUAUCCAGCAUAUAUCAACAGUAAAAAGACAUUAGCAGAAGGCAGAAGAAUAGCUGCAGAGAAGGCGGUGGAGAACCCGUCGUGUGCUGAGAUCCGGGACGUCCUGACCGCCGCUGGACUCAAUGUUCUGGUGGAGAACAAGAUGUAUCCGCGCGAAUGGAACCGAGACGUUCAGUUCAGAGGAAGAGUGCGCAUUCAGCUCAAACUCGAGGACGGAAGUCUGUGCCAAGACAAGUUUGCAUCUAGGAAAGAUGUGAUGUUUUAUGUGGCGGAGAUGAUCCCCAAACUGAAGAGCAGAACACAGAAGAGCGGUGGAGCCGAGGCCGGAUCACAGCAGGGAGAAGGAGGGAAGAAAUCAAAGAAGAAGAAGAAGUAGAUGAUGUGUUUCUAAAACGGCUUUGUUUUUGGUUCCUCUUUGACUGAUUUUGUAGUUUUGGCACCUGACGGUGUUUAAUUUGAGCUCCAGAUUAUCGUUUAGUUUGUAAUAUUCGAUGACCUCUGCCACGCUCAACAGAGGUGUUUCUGUUAAUUAUGGAUGAUGGAUUGUGUUUAACGAGUGCUGACAGAGCUUGAAAUACACGGGUGUCUCGUAUGACGGCGUCUGUCAGUUUGUCUAGGUGUGUUUGUGAGGAUCAGUGUUUGGACACGGCUGUGAGAUGCCAGCGCUCGUGUCCUUCAUCACACCUGUUCACCAGAACCUUUGCAUCGCUCUGAACGUGUCAAAUAAAGAGAGCAGCAGAA